AUGUCCAGAUUCAACUAUGUACUCGUUUCACAAACAAAGAAGAUAGGAAUUUGCACACCUGUAGGCCCCGGGGAAUUCUUGAGUGAUGAAAUCAAGGGUGGAAGGGAUGCAAAUGAUUUGCCUAGGUUUAAUUCUAAAGAUUCAUGUAAGCCACAAGGGGACUCAAAACAACUGGAAGAUUGGGACUCAAUGAUCAAAUCAGUUAAAAAUAUGGAGAAUGACUAUGUUAAAACAAAGAUGCAUGAAUUUGAAUAUAGUGACUGCAACAUAAUCAAGGAAUCAAUUGAUGAAUUGAAUAGUUGCCACAAUCAAAUUGAGCAUGUCUUUGGAUCUCCAACUCUUAGAAAAACUUGGGCCCAUCCAGGAAUACAGGAGGCCAGAGCCCUGUAA